AUGGAAGGGUCUUCUUCAAGAGGGAAUCAGAACAAUGAGAACAACGAAGAGACCAGGAAGAAGAGGGGAUUGCGGUCACGAUGUGCUCCACCCCGCUACCGAGGGAUCCGGAGGCGCCAUUGGGACAAGUUCGCAGCCGAGAUCUGGGACCACUCGAGGAACGGCGCCCGCCUCAGGCUCGGGACCUUUGAAAUGGCAGAGGAGGCUGCCCGUGCCUAUGACCGGGCUGCCUUCGCCUUCCAAGGCCAUUUGGCCAUCCUCAACUUCCCCAACGAGCAACAAUACUACGCUCAGAAUGACCGCUAUGUCUCCGGCCACUGCAGUUCUUUCUCAGCAUCCCCAUCUCUGUCGUUGUCAUCAUUGUACUCUUUAGCUGGUUCGUCAUCAUCCACUGUGUCAGCUCCGGCAGAGCCAUCCAGAGAUGUGAUCGAGUUCGAGUCUCUGGACGAUAAUUUGUUGGACGAACUACUGAGGUCGUACAGCGACAUGUAG